UUGUUGAAAAAAGAAAACAGUGUCAUAGCGCGAUAAAAGAACCAAGAAUCUGCAGCAAAACAAUCAGAGAAGAAGCCAUGGCGGGUCAACCCAAACCUGAUAUCCGACCCAUAUUAAACAUCGUCAUCGUCGUUGCUAUGGAGACGGAAGCACUUCCCAUCGUCAAUAGAUUCCGGCUCACUCAGCAUCCUCGCUCCUUGUUUCCAGGAAGGGUUCCUUGGGUCCGUUAUCAUGGGACAUACAAGGAUCUUAGUAUAAACUUGAUUUGGCCUGGAAAAGAUCCAGCUUCAGGGGUUGAUAGUAUAGGCACAAUACCAUCUGCUCUUGUAACAUAUGCUGCUAUUCAAGCAUUACAACCCGACUUGAUCAUCAAUGCAGGCACUACCGGUGGCUUCAAGGCCAAAGGAGCUAGUAUUGGGGAUAUUUUUAUUAUAUCAGAUUGUGCUUUUCAUGACAGAAGAAUACCAAUACCUGGAUUUGAUCUGUAUGGAGUUGGUUUACGUAAAGCCUUUAAUACACCAAACCUUAUAAAGGAGCUGAAUCUAAAGGUGGGUAGAUUGUCUACUGGUGACUCUUUAGACAUGACACUGCAGGAUGAAUCAUUAAUCAUGGCAAAUGAUGCAACAGUUAUAGAUAUGGAGGGAGCAGCUAUUGCUUAUGUUGCUGACCUUCUGAAAGUUCCAGCAAUUUUUGUAAAAGCUGUAACAAAUAUCGUUGAUGGCGACAAACCGAUUGUAGAAGAGUUUCUGGAGAAUUUGGCUGCUGUAGCUGAUGUGCUUGACCCGGCUGUUGAACAAGUUGUUAAUUUUAUUAAUGGAAAAUCGGUAUCUGAACUUUGACAAGGAAAUUUCAUCUUCCAAGUUGUUUUGUAUUCAAUUAUGGUGGGCUCAGGCUAGAACACUGUCAUUAUUGAUUAGGAAUUUGUUUGUGAGAUUUAAGCAAAAUUAAACUCAGUAUAAACUGAAGAUAUUGCAUCCCUUCCUCUCUUCCCUCUUUUGUACUAUUCUGACGUUGAUGGCUGUGCAAGUUAUCUGCUAACAUUUGUGACAUUCACUGU